CGAAGACAACCAAGCAACCCGUAGGAUUAUCCCAGAGUACGAACACCAACAGAAUAUCUACAAUCUAUACUAUCUCCCCUAGAAAUUGCGAAGAGAAAGAAGAAUAGUUAUACAGUGACCAACCCUUGGGCUUUCAGAUCCAUCAAAACAGCGCCUUCAGCCACCCUCUCCAGAGUCUGCCAGAACAUCCUCUCGACAGGUCCCCUCGAACUGCCAUCACUAGAUAUCAUAUCCUUCUCUAAUGCAUCCUUGACAAUCUCUUUAACAUCGUUAUACAGCUCCCACUUUUCCAGCGCCCUCAAAAUCAGCGUAUAGGCUGACAAUGGCAAAAUCCUGCCCUCUUCCCCCAUGGCCGCCAUCACCGACCUUAGUCGUUCCACCUCUCCCAUCUGAGCGUAUCCAACAGCGAGCCGGGUCCAAAGUUUCUGAUCCUUGGGAACGCGGUUGGCUUCGACUUGCUGCCAUAGCUUCUCGACGCCCAGAAGAUCGCCUUUCGAGAAUGCGUAUCUGAUGACGGUGGUGUAGGUCGCAGGUGUAGGCUUCAAUCCCUUAAAUUCCAUAAUCAUCCAAAUGUCUUGAGCCGCCUGCUCAUUACCAGUUUCCAGUAGCCCCUCAAUGAUAGUCGUAAAGGUCACUUCGUUUGCCGGAACUCCUGCGGCCUCCAUGUACUCUAGGAGAUUCCUGACUUUCGUCAAAUCCGGUUUGGUGGGGGAGUUUUUGUACAGCCCAUCCAGCACCGUUGUCGCGGUGACUAUGUCAGCGUCAAUGCCCGCAGCUUGCAUUUCACGUAGCAACGAAAUUGCCUCAUCAAAGUUCCUCGAUCGAAGCAGUGCCCUUAACAUCGUGUUAUAAGUCGUCAAAUCCGACUUUAUCCCCAUUCCAGUCGCGACCAGGAGUGUUUUCUUAGCCUCGUUCAUGUACCCAUUUUUCAGCAACCCGUCGAGCACAGCGUUGAUGGUCGCGGUGGUUGGCUUGAGCCCAGAUUUUUGCAUGUCCUUCAAAACCUUCAUUCCCUCUGCUUUACGGUCGGCCAUGAGCAACGCGUGAAUCCGUGUUGUCCACAAAAUGACGUCGGGGAUAACUCCGCUCGUAAUGAUGGUUUUCCAAACCGCCUGAAGGCAAGAUCGGUCUCUGUCCUGGAGCCUCCCGGCUUCAGUCAGUAGCAUGUUCCACGAACGUGGCUUAGGAAAAAUCCCGCUUCUUGCCAUGUCGUUCCAAAUCUCGAUUGCGACUUCCCUUUCUGUAAGGGUCAUAAAAGCCAUGACAAAAACCAUAAAGUUCUCCUCCGAGAACGGGAUCCCGGUAUCUUCAGCUUGGGUUCUGAGAGAAUCGUAAUAGUCCUUCAGCCGCCCUCCGUCCGUGUACUGAGCGGUCGCCCUCUGGAGAAGUGCGGGUACCGUGAGCAACUUUUUAAACUCAAAUUUAUCCGCUAGCUUCACAAGCCGCGUUUGCAUCUCCUCCUCAAAAUAAUGAUGUGCCAUAUAUUUCCCAAGAAACGGGGCGUUGGGGAGCUGAGGAAAACUGAACAAGGUUCUCUCCAAAUCCUUGUGAUGCUGGGUCGCAACCUCCAUCGUAUGAAGAAAGGCGAGAUAUAUGGUCGAAGCAAUGGCGGAAGGGCUGCUGGCAAGUCGAAACCCCCACCGGAGAGAGGACCACAGCAUAUCCCGGUCUAUCUCACUCGUUUCUUCCUCCCCCUCAACUGUUUGCCGACGAGCACCAGCUCUGAAGUGGUCUUCCUUGUAGUACUGAAUAGCGCUAUCAAGCACGGGUGAAACCAACUCCGGACCUUUGCCUUGUCGAAGCAUACUGGUAAGCAGUAGCCGAUACUGACUGUCGUUCGCCAGAGCCAUAGACCUCAAUGUCUCGAGAAAUUCUGCAGCCGGCGGUAACUCGCUGUGCUGAGGCCCCUCCUCAAUCAACCCUUCCAAGAGCAAUUCAACAACCGGUUUUAUGACCUCAUCCGUAACCUGCUCUGAAAUCGGUUCACCAUCUCUAUGCCUCGGGUCAGAAACCUCUAGCCAUGCAGCGUAUCCCCCAGGCAGGUCCCUGUCUUCCAGACGUUCCUCAACGCGCACCAAGUCCUGACGAGAUAAUCUGAGAGAGGAUCGUCUAGCACUAGGCAAGUUGAACAAAGGUCGGAUAUGCGGAGGCCUCUCUGGAGGGGUUGCCGCAACAUCAGGGGCCGAAGGCGUGUUGGGAUAUGCUUCUCCAAAUGCCCGCCAACCGGGACUUGUGUGGAACAAUCGCCGGCCAGGGAUCAAGACCAACCGUGACGGCGGCGGCGUCCGGAGAAGCCUUAGGCAUGACCGACAUACUGAAGAAGUCGCUCCCUAUUUCAAACCCGGUUAGCCCACGUCGGACCGGCAUUAUUGGGGGUGGGAAUUCCAGACCCGUAAUGUAGAAGCCAUUCGUGAGAAUUUUGCUUUUCGGAGGCUCUAAUAUUCCUUCGCUUACCGUACUCGAGCACAUGGAGGGAGGGUUGAAAAAAUUAGACAGGGUAACCGACACCCUAAUCUGAUCGCCAGUGAGAUGUUAAAACAAAGUCUCGGUUAUCAUAAGUUGAGUGGAUGGGAAACAUACCCGAGUAGAUUUAUCGAGGGUUUGGGCUUCCUGGCUAGUUAGAUCCCCGCUAGAGCACGUGUUGAAAGCAGGGCCGGGGACUGCAUAUUCAAGCACUUGGCCGUGAUAACCUCGUAAACAUAUCAUAUCAUAAUACCGGUGCCAGUUUCAUCAUCCGUGCCUGGACAGUAGAUUAUCAUAAACGACUAUCCCCAGGACCGACACAGCUGCCCCCCAUCGGUUUCCAGGACAUGGAUGACUAAGGAGAGUCUGCCCCGGGGCGGCUCGGUAUCCCUCGGACACUGUCAGCACAGGUGUGGUGAUAUCCGUACCUGAGCACAUUACAAGUACCUAGCUGAUAUUGGCCAUUGGAGAAAAGGUUGCUUAUUAACCCUCUGGCUCACGAAAUUUUCAAUGCCCUGCCGGCCCAGGAGAUGGUUCCAGUCGCCUGACAAGAAUGGCCACGUAUCAUAUCUACUAUUACCGUGUUCACACAGGUACCGAAGCCCCAGUAGAGAGGCUCACAACGCCCCUGUGGAUCCGGGCCAGCGUGGCUUUGUCGCGCCGUGAAGCUACAGGCACCUCCACCUCUUGCAAGAAUCACCUAGGCCCUUUCCCAUCUCCAUCCACUGUACUCCUACUUCCAACUCUUUCCCAACCGCCCACAGCAGUAAAUCUAAUACUAGCAUACCGCUAGCCAUGGCAGCUCUGAACCCUCGCCCUCCCUACUCCCCGGACGAACUUGCUGCGCUGUAUCCCUCAAACCUGCAAUUACACCUUGUCCAUGUUAUAUUCCGGCAUGGUACCAGCCAACCUGCACUCUUGAAGGCGCAUUGGACCGAUGAGGCUAAUUUAUCGGGGGAUACAGGUGAACGGACACCCGUUACACCACGCUUCCAGAGUGCUGGACUUGCACCGUGUGAGUUCACGUCGUUAUCCCGCGUGUUGCAUGAAUCCAAUAUUGAUGCUAUAUAGUUUGGCCUUAUUGCCAGGCUGCUUCCCGAUUCAAAGCCGUGGUAAUGGAGCCUGAGGCGGAUUGGUCCCUCCUCACCUUUCAGCGUCGGAUGGAGACCUUUGGAAAGAAAGGGGAAAAUGUAGUAGCCAUGGGUCCGGGUGGUGAGAAAGAUAAUAUUUGGUUGGUCUGCCGACUUAUGUCCAAGAUGAUUCUCAUUUCAAUGAACGAAGCGUUAACGAACUCGGAUGUCAUCGGCCGUUGGCCCUGGCAAUUCCAAUGAUAGCCCUCCGGGGGAAUUGACAGACCGUGGAAGGGAAACCACACUACAGCUCGGGCAGAGGCUACGCCACUUGUAUGUUCACCAACUCGGAUUCCUUCCCGAAAAUCUCGGAGCCCAGUCGGAAUAUUACCUGCGGUAUUUACUUACAACUCCGGAGGCGUGAAUCCUAAUGAAAAAAUAAAAAAUAAACUAAUCAUGACACUGCGGUAUAGGGCUUCGCCGGUAGCCCGAGCUCUUGAGUCACUUGAGCAAGUUUUCACUGGCCUUUACCCAUCCGCAAACAGAUCUCCCACGAGUCCCCCGCUCGCAAUCUAUACGAGAUCCUUCGCCGAAGAGAACAUAUUCCCUAAUGGCGCAAGCUGCAGACGUCUCGAUCAGCUAUCAAUUGCAUUCGCCAAACUUGCCGCGGAGAAAUGGAACGACUCCCCAGAGAUGCAGCACCUGCAAUCCCGUAUUGGGAAAUGGGUGAGUGGGAAGAUCGCUGUCGACGGACAUCCGGCAUUAUGCGGAAUAACGGACACUGUAAAUUCGACGCUAGCUCAUGGGAAGACCACCAGACUUCCGAGCGAGUUCUACGAGCCGCGCGUGAGGAAGAUCAUGGAUGAUAUCACGGUAGAUGAGUGGUAUCGAGGAUACAACCAAUCAUCAGAGUACAGAAGAUUGGGUGUCGGUUCGCUCUUGGGAGAUGUUAAAGAUAGGAUGCUAGCUUCUGUUAAUGAGACCAAUGAAGAUGGCCGACUGAAGAUCGGGUUGAUGGGAUGUCAUGACACCACCAUUGCCGGCUUAUUGGCCAGCCUUGGAGGGUUCGACAAAAAAUGGCCGCCAUUCACCAGCUCGAUUGCUUUUGAGAUGUUCCGAGAAGGGAGGCAUAACAAGAGCCGAAAUGUAUUCUCAAAACUUUUUGGUGCCAAGAGUGAGGACGAAGGGUGGUAUGUGAGGUUGAAGUACAACGAUAAACCGGUUUAUGUCAAGGGCUGCAAGGUGGCCGGAAGGCAUCUUGAAGGAGAUGAGAGCUUCUGCACGUUGGUACGAGUGACUAAUAACAAGCCUGCAUUUUAUCUUUGCUAACGCAUAGUGCAGGCGGCAUUCAAGGAAAUCGUCGAGAAGAUGGUGCCACAGGACUUGAAGGACGAAUGCCUGAGAAACAUGGAUAAAACAGGAAUUCCACCCAUAGAAGAGGUGGAAUGAAUAAUUUUAGAUUAUCACUGAUUGGCCCGAGUUAGGUUUUUGAAGAUAAGAGUCCAGUUGGAAACAAUACCGGCACUGCAUUCUUUGAUGAGCAAUGCCGGACCGUGAAAUUAGAUGAGCAGCUAAACAUU